GUGUGUGUGUGCGCGCGCGCGCGCGCGCUACAGAAGGAGAGAGAGCGAGAGAGGAGGAAGUGACCGUUGCGCGCACCAUGGGCUCCGCGUUCACGGGAAAGGUGAGUUCCUGCAGGUGUCCGCGGCUCCUGUAGGCUGGGCAGAGCCCCGCGGCCGUGUCCGCGGAACGUUAGUCAUGUGCCUUGGCGCCGGAGCGGCGGUGCCCCCGCAGCGCGAGCCUCGCCGGCGUGGGAUUUGCGCGGAGGAACUUCGGGCGCACAGGUAGAGGAGCGCCCCCCCCUCCCCGCCUCUCCCAGGUGUGCGUGCGCGCGCUUUUUUUUUUAAAAAAAUAAAUAUAUAUUUAUUAAAAAAAAAAGAAAAGGGGAAAAAAAAAAAAAAAAAGAAUCGAUAUGGAUAACCAGCGGCAAGACAAGGAGAAGAAGGCGAUGAGGAGCAAGUCGACGAUCCGCAAGGAGAAGCAGCGACCCGGGAAGCUGCUCCGCCGGAGGUCGCUCCGCUCCGUGGGCACGUUCAUGAGCAAGGUGCUCCGGACUUUGGGCUCUCUGGCGCACCUGGGCGACGCGGGCGCGGGCGACGCCGAGGACGACGACGGCGGGUUCCGGGACAGCGCGCCCUGCACGCUGGGCGCCAACUCAGCGGGGAACCCGAAAGGAGAAGGGUUAGGCGGCCAGGUGCGGAGGGAGAAGAAAGAGGAGGAGGAGAAGAGGAGCGCGCUCCCGGCGGCCGCCGCCGGCUCCACCGUGAAGGAGAGGCUCUCGUGGUGCUACGGGGACAAAACCCCGGGGGUCCUGGGGCUCAAGAACCACGGCAACACGUGCUUCAUGAACGCCGUGGUGCAGUGCCUGAGCAACACGGACCUGCUGGCCGAGUACCUGGGGCUCGAGCGCUACAAGUCGGACCUCGUGAGCCGCUCGCGCCUCAACGGGCUGCUGCUGCGGAGCGACGAGGCGACGGCGGCGCUCGGCGGCGAAGUCACGCAGCAGCUGGCGGCGCUCAUCCGGGCGCUCUGGACGCUCGAGUACACGCCGCAACUGUCCGUGGACUUCAAGAGCGUCGUGGCCAAGUAUGGCUCCCAGUUCCGGGGCAAUUCUCAGCACGAUGCUCUGGAGUUCCUCCUCUGGCUCCUGGACCGGAUGCACGAGGAUGUGAGCUCUUCUCCCAACAGCCACAGCAGCAAGACCAAAGCUUCCGGAAAGGGUCAGGCCGGAACGGAGGGGACCCAUGGCACGGGCCCACCGAGUGCACAGCAGCCCAGGGGACGUCACAGCUUCGUCCAGGAACACUUCCAGGCGCAGUACAGGUCCUCCCUUACCUGCCCUCAUUGCCUUAAACAGAGCAACACCUUUGAUCCCUUCCUGUGCAUCUCCCUCCCCAUCCCUCUCCGGCAGACCAGGCCUCUCUGUGUCACGCUGGUCUUCAACGCCAAGAAUCAACGUUACCUGCGCAUUGGGUUGGCGGUGCCGCUCUUUGGGACGGUGGCCAUCCUGCGCGAGAUGGUGGCUGAAGAAGGCAAGAUCUCUCCAGACCAGGUGAUCCUGACGGAAGUUUAUGCCACGGGGUUCCAGCGCUCCUUCUUUGACGAGGAGGACCUGACCAGCAUUGCCGAGAGCGAUGUCAUCUACGCCUUUCAGGCCCCGCCCCUUUAUGGGAGAGGAGGCGCCGCAAGAAUCUCAGGGUACCACCACAGCCUCCCCUCCUCCCCGUACUUCUCUGGUCCCGAAGGCCAGCGGUUGUCUCCUUCCGGCACCCUUUCAUCAGAGUUCCUGAACCACAGCAGCUCCGCUAAGCUCCUCCUCCUAGUGUGCAACGUCUCGGGGACCGGCCAGCAGGCUGCCAGGUUUGGGCCGCCAUUCCUCAUGCGCGAAGACAGAACGGUCUCCUGGGACCAGCUGCAGCAGAGCAUUCUUAGCAAGAUCUACUACCUGAUGGUUGACACUGCCCAUACACAGAACUCGGAGCGAGCGCUGUUUAAAGUCCGCGUUGUGGGCGGAUCGGCCUCCUACAGCUACCUGUCUCACCAGGAUGGACGGCCGCUUUGCCACCCUGCUGUAGACAGAGCCCUGAAGUUCUGCAACCCGGGAGGACCGCCCCACGUGAAACUCCUUGUUGAGUGGGAGCCCAGGAUCAAAGAGUGCCUAUUCGGGAAUAUCCAGGAGGAGGUGGUGAAGGACUCGGAGAGCGUCCGUGCUCAGCAGCAGCAGCAUCUCCAGCAGCACAGCUGCACGCUGGACGAGUGCUUCCAGCUCUACACCAAAGAGGAACAGCUUGCCCCCGAUGACGCCUGGAAGUGCCCACACUGCCAGCAGCUUCAGCAGGGCACAGUGAAGAUGAGCCUCUGGACGCUGCCCGACAUCCUCAUCUUGCAUCUGAAGCGCUUCCGGCAAUCAGGCGAGCGCCGCCACAAGCUGUCCACGCUGGUACGCUUCCCGCUGGCUAACCUGGACAUGGCCCCCCACAUGGUGAAGAGAAGCCAGAGCAUGCGCAACCUGGGGCCUUGGCCACCAGCCACCGGCGCACCCCUGGACUUCCUGUAUGACCUUUAUGCCGUGUGCAACCAUCACGGGGGCAUGCAUGGUGGCCACUACACGGCAUAUUGCCGGAACUCGGUGGAUGGCCAGUGGUACAGCUAUGAUGACAGCGCUGUCGACAUGGUGCCUGAGGAUGAGGUCUGCACGCGUGGUGCCUACAUCCUCUUUUACCAGAGACGGAAUGCCAUCCCACCUUGGUCGGCCAGCAGCUCCGUCAGGGGCUCCACCAGCUCUUCCAUGUCUGAUCACUGGCUCAUCCGUCUGACUGGGGACAGCAAGCGGGGCAGCCUGGUCUCGAGGGUGUCUUCUACCUGCCCCUCUUUGCCUGACUCCCCAGAGCCCCCCGUCUUCGAUGAACUUUCCAAGGAGGAGAGAGGUGAGCGAAUCCCCACCGCUAUACUGUCACAUCCACAGACAAGGGCAAACUUUGUGUUAAUGCAGUAUCUCGUUCUUUCGUACGCUGACGCAGGUGGGUUUGAAACCAGGCCCUUUGUCCGGGGAGUUCCGGGCCGCAGCGUGAGUAUGCGAACCCCUACCAAGACCAAGGAGAACCUGAGCAAGGUACUGCCAUUGAGGUGGUCCUUCGGCUCCAGGGAUCGACAGAAGCAGACCACUGGGGAGCUGGUGGAGUACCUGGAGUCCGGUCGGCGUCCGCGUUGUACCAAGGACUCCAUUGUUUCUCUGAUGGCCGGACCGUCGGAGAAGAACGCAACUGAGGUGCGUGGGCAGCAGCAGCGGGUGAGUUCCCCAAGUGGCUCCAGUCUGAACUGCCUGGGCCGGCCCAGCUGGGAAAGCCAGGACUCCCUGAGGGUGCCACAAGGCCAGAGCCGUGCAGAGGGUCAGCGGCGUUCCAGCAGGCAGAGGGAUGAUGGCACUUUAACGAGGAGGAGCUCCAGGAAGAGCAAGCAAGAACAGGGCAGCACACCUGAACCCCAGUCCCGGAAGAGCUCAGGCACAGGGAUUCCACCCGGUCCGGGCACGGGACUAGGGUGGGAAGCCACCAUGAAGAGGGUCAAGAGCGUUCAGGGUGGUGCGCCAGGAGGGCAGUCCGAGGAGAGCAAGGGAAAGAAAGGAAGUGAUUUGUCCAGCCACGAUGGCAUCCUCGCCUUUCUGAAGUCCAGUUUCACAAAGAAGGACAGCCAGAAGAAAGUCCGGGAAAGCGAGCCAUCCCACGGGAGCUCGUCCCGGCUCUCCCUGUCCAACGGCGCCCUGAGCGGGCCCGUUGACAGCAAGGCAAACGGUGCCCCUAGAGGCAGCAGCCGGCAUGGCGACGAGAUGGCCAACGGUAAAGUGAGCCGCAUUGGAAACACCGACAUCAAGCGCUCCCAGAGCUCCUCCAACAUCCAGAACAAGGCAGAGCCCUCGCUUCGCCGGUCUGCCUCCCUGCACAAGAGCGGCCUGUCUGGGGCUGCACCUCAGCGGAGCCUGACCUCGGACAGAAAUGCCACUUUUGGCACCCUGCAGAGGACACGCUACAGCACCAACUCACUGGGCCGGAAAAGGAUGGUGCCGGAAUCGAGCUUUUGAGGGACACCCAGCAGCACCCUCUGGAGCGGUAAUGCUGUCUGUACAGCUCAUGUCUGGAGCCCAGCAGGGACACUGGCCACCACUUGUGGGGGUCCUGUCAACAUUGCUGGUCUGGUGCCCUUAAUAUUGAAGGACCUGCUCUUGUUGUUAGAGACUGGCAAGUGUAGAGACUUGAACAUUUAGGGUCCCUCGUGACAUCGUCAUCUUCGGGGUUGCGCAUUUAAUCGACGUUGCUAGACGUAAUAAACGUUGGCUACGAGGUGCACCGCCUUGGAGCCACGUGUGCGUUUGACAAAACGGAUGUUUUAUCAAGAUUAGUAUUUCUUAUUGAUUUUAACGAAUGUCCUUUUUUAUUUUUGUUACAAUAACAGUAAGUGCCUGUAAACGAAACACAGUUCAGAUGGAUGGACCUGUGUGCAAUCUCUCUACACUGGAAAUGCAAGUUAGACUCACACAUCACCUUCGAGUGGACAUCUGCGUCAGCACUGACAGAUGAGGAAGGCAGACACCUUGCUCAUGCAGUUCUUCGACAGUUGAUUCUCUUCAACGCAGGGCGGUUGACAGCGUUGAUGGGAAAUACCAGAAUAAAUGAUUGCUGUAUUAUUUAUAUUGUUUUGUAAUACACCACUAGUAAAAGCCUACAUCAUGUACAUAAUCUUAGAUAUAAAAUACAUAUCAGAGUAUUUAUUUAACCAUUCCAUGAAGAAAAAAUACAAAUUAAAAGAUUGUGCUUGCACUGCAACACUGCUGCUAGAUUCUCAUCAGUUUAAUAUCGCAAAGUAUGAACAGAGUAUAGUUUUGCACUUACAUUAUAUAGAUUAUUACUACCAAAUACUUAUUUUGAGUACACUAACUCCUACUGAGACAAAAGCAGUCAUCAUAAAUCCCUCAAAAAUACAAUAUGCCUCAUUUGCGUGCACAUACUGUACAUAGAUUUGAGCGUUGGCUGAAAGACGAGCUGCGGAACUGAGAAAUGUUCAUACAGCCGGACGAAUGAAGUACGCCGUGUGUGAUGUCCUGUCAUCGUUUCCCUGCUCAUGAAGGACACGCCUCUAUCUAAUUAAGUCAGUCGGCGUCUCGAUGGUGUUAAGAGUUCAAAUCUCGCCACCGAUGGACCUGUCAAAGUGCACUCCGGAAGCCUUGAGCUCGACGCCCUUCUUCCGUGUGCGUCUGACGGCUGAUCGGUCGGUGUGCGGAGGUGUCGGCUUCCUUCCCUCAUCGUGCCAUCCAAGACACCGGAAUGACGUUUCUUCCCUAGAGGCGAUGAAGAGUGUAGCAACAGUUGUGUUCCUUAUGGUUUCACAUCCUUAAAUAUUAGAAGGCUUUAAAACGACGCGUUUUCACCAUAGGCUCGCCGUAAAUCGAGAUGCGUGUAUCUCGAGGAGCCGUUUUCGACAGAGGCGUUACGCAUCCUGACUUGCGGUCGGUUCCGGUGCUGAAGACGGGACCGAGCGUUCUUUCGGGAAGCUGUCGACAAGCCCGUCGGGCUGAUCUCUCAGUGAAGGGCGUGGGGUCGUUUUCGUUAUCCGAAAUACCGAAUAACCAGAUCUGUAACAAAGUGCACUAGUCAUAGUAGUUGGAGUAACUGCUGUUAGUAGAAGCAAUAAAAUGUUAAACUGAAUCGUACCACGUGCAUAUUUUACUCAGUCCAUUUUAUUACUGUAAAGGUGAGGAAUUUAUCCACAUGUUGUCUUUGUACUUAGAAGUACAGUGGAACCUGUUCUACGGUGAAACGGAGAAUACUGUUCGGUAGGCCGCGGUAGCUUGUUCUCCGGACCUUUGACGUUCGUCCGAGCGAACGCGCCGAGCCGACCCGACCGCGAACUACUCUGUGCCGUGUCACCGCGACCCGGCGUGCAUCCGAGCGGCCGUGCGCGCGGCGCGAUCCUUCUGCUCAUCUCAUGAGUGAUUGCCGUGACACGGUCCCGAGUGAGGGAGGAGACCAUAUGCCGGAGCUCGUCGAAACGGCGUUUAACCGCAGGUUUCUUGCUCUUAAUGGUCACUGCGCUGGACAGUAAUUAUGGAAUGGAGAAGUCACUUCUCAACGCGUUCUUGACGUAGAACGUUUAACGUCGACGUACUACUGUAGGAAACGACUCAUUUUAAAAAAAAAAAAAAAAAAGCACAAUUAGCUUACAGAGAAAUGACGACGUGGCUCUUCUGAUGUAUCUUUGCUGUACUUCUCUUAUUAUUUCAGUACCAUUCAAUGUUAUGAUUUUAUUGUGCAAAUUAAAAAUGCUGUUUGUAGUAAAUGUUUAACGUAGAUUCCUUUUUUUCAUUCAUUUUUGCUCUGUUUGACGAAUAAGAACAAUUUGUACAACUGGCUUGGUGACGUGACACGUGAGGUGAGAGGGGACCACCGCAGCAGUGCUCACCUGAUGGCUGCGAGGCGCUCGGUCUCACUCGCCUGUCCCCUGGCGUACUUUCUGUUUACAUCCUCUGACUAUGUAUUCCACCUUGCUGCGGAUUGAGACGAAUCCCUGAGAUUUAGCAAGAGAGCUUAGAAACUUGGGUAAGACGUAAAGUCUGCUUUUUUUUUUUUUUUCCUUCCUCCUUUUUUUUUUCUGUUCUUGAUUUGACUCGCGCACAGAGUACCUAUCAUGUUUACCAAAAUGAGCACUUGUGCGAGAAGAAUGCGAUGAAUGAAGGAUGUUCUCCGGUUCUUUAAUGAAAUCUUGGUUUGAUGUUUUUUAUGCAAUUUUGUAAAGUUCUAUGUUUUUUAACAAGCUUUGUAAAUACUUAAAGAUAAAUGUGAAGUAAUGUGGUCUGGUAGAAAUUGCCCACUCAUGGGUAUGUGGUUUAUGGGGAAAAGCACAAAUACUGGAUUUUAAUCAAACCUUCUCUGCAAAGGGGGGGUCCAGAUUGAUAUACAAUCACAACACAAAGGUUUGUAUCCGAGAUGUCUGCGAUACAUAAUAUACUGUAUUUUUAAUACGUCAAAUAAAACACGUUGUUUA